AUGGUGGAACAGUUAUGGGAUGGGAGCUCAGAAGAGCAUCCACGCUGGCAAAGCCAAGAUAGACUUCAAUGUCGAUUUAACACACAAGCUAUGUGCUGUUUUGAUGCUCCACUCUUUCAGCAUUCAAUUUCUCCUGAGAUUGGUAUCCAUGGCUUUCCCAUUGAGAACUUCUCCCGCUCAGAUAGCAGAGGUGUGAAUCUCUGUCGCUUAGCUGUAGGAUUAGAUUUGAGUGAGCCUACAAGUUCCAACUGGAGCAGCAAAACCAGUUUGAAGUUUGAGCAUGUCUGCCCAGUUAGUGAUGAAGGCCGCUCAAUAAGCAGAGAUCUUCAUGGGUUGCCAGUGACUUGCAGCCUUACAGGUGGUUCUGUUGUAGGGGACAUAGCUCCUUAUCAAGCAUUUGCCAUUGGGGGACUUGGCAGUGUGCGGGGUUACGGUGAGGGCGCAGUUGGAUCGGGUAGAUCUUGUCUUGUUGCUAACAGUGAAUUGACAUUACCUCUGUUCAUACUUCGUGAAUUGCAUCUCUUAAGAUCCAGGGCCCAUUAA